AUGUGCGGAAUCUUUGCCUACUUGUCCUACUAUGUCGAGAAGGACCGCCGCUAUGUCGCCGACACGCUGCUCAACGGUCUCUCGCGCCUCGAGUACCGCGGCUACGACUCCUCGGGCUUUGCCUUUGACGGUGAUACCGCCAGGGAUACCAUCAUCAUCAAGCAGGUCGGCAAGGUCGCCGCUCUGCGCGCCCUGGUUGACGAGUCCGACCUCGACUGGAACAAGACGUACACUAUUCAGACAUCCAUCUCGCACACGCGCUGGGCCACCCACGGCCAGCCCUCGUCCAUCAACGCUCACCCGCACCGGUCGGACCCCACCAACGAGUUCACGAUCGUCCAUAACGGCAUCAUCACGAACUACAAGGAGCUGCGCACACUGCUGGGAAACAAGGGCUACCUGUUCGAGUCCGAGACCGAUACUGAGAUUGUCGCCAAGCUGCUCAAGUACGUCUACGACUCUCAGCGCGGCCAGCACAUCAGCUUCCCGGACCUGGCCAAGGCCGUUGUGAAGGAGCUCGAGGGCGCCUUUGCCUUCCUCAUCAAGAGCGUGCACUACCCGGGCGAGAUCGUCGCCGCACGCCGCGGCUCGCCGCUGCUCAUCGGCAUCAAGACAUCGGAGAACCUGACCGUGGACUUUGUCGAUGUCGAGGAGACCACCAAUAGCGUUGCCGCAUCGAGCAUCAACGAGGAUAAGGCGCCAGCAUAUGCCAAGCGCGCUCAGUCCAGGUCUUUCUCGCGCGCGGACGGCAGCACGCAGCCGCUGGAGUACUUCCUGGCGUCCGACCCCUCUGCCAUCAUCGAGCAUACGCGCCGGGUCCUGUACCUGGAGGACGACGACAUGGCGCACAUCAGCGCCAAGGGAGACCUGCACAUCUACCGCCUGCGCCGCGACGACGGUCUGUCGUCCAUCCGGUCGAUCAAGACGCUGGAGAUGGAACUGGCUGCCAUCAUGAAGGGCAACUUCCCGCACUUUAUGCUCAAGGAGAUCUAUGAGCAGCCCGAGUCCGUCGUCAACGCCAUCCGCGGUCGCGUCGACUUUAACAAGCACACGGUUGUGCUCGGCGGCCUGCGCAACUACCUGGCGUCCAUCCGCCGCUGCCGCCGCAUUGUCUUCACCGCCUGCGGCACCAGCUAUAACAGCUGCUUGGCCACCCGCGCUAUCUUCGAGGAGCUGACGGAGAUUCCCGUCUCUGUCGAGCUCUCGUCCGAGUUCCUCGACCGCAAGUCGCCUAUUUUCCGCGACGACGUCUGCGUCUUUGUCUCGCAGUCCGGCGAAACCGCCGAUACUAUUCUUGCCCUGCGCUACUGCCUUGAGCGCGGCGCCCUCUGCGUCGGUGUCACUAACACUGUGGGCUCGUCUAUUUCGCGCGAAACCCAUUGCGGUGUGCACAUUAAUGCCGGUCCUGAGAUCGGAGUUGCCAGCACCAAGGCGUACACCUCCCAGUAUCUGGCACUCGUCAUGAUGGCGCUGCAGCUCGGCGAAGAUCGCAUUUCGAUGACCGAGCGUCGCCGCGAGAUCAUCGAUGGUCUGCGCGAACUUCCCAACCUCGUCAAGGAGGUGCUUGCCCUCGACAGUGGCAUCAAGCUGCUCUCCCAGGAUCUGUACAAGGAGAAGAGCAUGCUUAUUCUCAGCCGUGGGUUCCAAAGCGCCACUUGCCUUGAGGGCGCGCUCAAGAUCAAGGAGCUCUCGUAUAUUCACUGUGAGGGUAUCAUGGCCGGUGAGCUCAAGCACGGUCCCUUGGCCCUCAUUGAUGAGCACAUCCCUGUCAUUAUUAUCAUGACCCAGGACGCGUACUACCCUAAGGUGCAGAGCGCUCUGCAGCAGGUUCAGGCUCGCAAGGGUAGCCCUAUCCUUAUUUGCAACAGCGGUGAUACCAACAUUGAUGAUGCUGAGAACAGGACCAUCCGUAUUCCGCUCACUGUCGAUUGUCUGCAGGGCAUCCUGUCUAUCAUCCCGUUGCAGCUCAUGUCCUACCACAUGGCCACUCUCAACGGCGUCGAUGUUGACUUCCCCCGUAACCUGGCAAAGUCUGUGACAGUUGAGUAA